AACUCCUUUCCCACCUCAUCUUUCGUUUAAAUGCCACAAAUCUUAGCAACAAAUUAAAGUAAAUUAAACAAAAUCUAAUUUUACAGUAAAAUCAAUGUCAGAUUCCUCGAGCAGCAAAGCCCAAUCAGCCUUCCAAUCUCUUUCAUCCAUCAUCACCCCCAUCUCCAUCCCUCCCUCUCAAACCCCCGCCUCUUAUCUCCUCCACGACCCCCAAAUCGCCUCCCAAAUCUCCACCCUCCUCCGCCAACCCGACUCCGGCGCCGGUGACAACAAUCUCUGUCGUUGGCUUUACGACACCUUCCAAUCCAGCGACCCAGAGCUCCAGCUCGUCGUCCUUCGGUUCCUCCCCAUUAUCGCUGGCGUUUACCUCUCCCGUGUCACUCUUCGCAAGCCUUUAGCCGGUUUUGAGGCUGUUUUGUUGGCGCUUUAUGCCCACGAAACCACCGCUCGUAAUGGGCAAUCGAUCACCGUUAGCAUCCCUGAUUUGACCCACCCCAGCAUUUAUCAUGAAUCAAAAACGGCCACAAAAACAACCUCCACAGAUUUGAACAUAGCUGUAAUAUCCCCAAGCUUAGAGCCCCAUGGAACAGUGAGAUCCACUAAGAGGGCCAGGAUUGUUGGAGUUGCAUUGGAGCUAUAUUUUAGUAAAAUUUCACAAUUGCCCAUAGGCUCCAAGGUUGAUUUUUGUAAAUUUUGUGAGGGGUGGGCUGGUUUAGAAAAGGAUUCUGUGAGCAUUGAAGGUUUAGAAAAAGUGAAAUCAAUCAACGACGGGGCAAUAUCUUUGCCAUGGGAGCUUUUGCAGCCAGCUCUGAGAAUUCUGGGUCAUUGUCUUUUGGGUCCAAAAAAGAAUAAGGAACUGUGUAAAGCUGCAAGUGCUGCUUGCAGGAGAUUGCAUGCAAGAGCUUUGCAUGAUAUCAACCCUACAGCAAUUUUGGCUACUGGGAGUCUUGUUAGGCUUGGAGAAAUGACAUUGGAUUCAGAUGAAGAGAUUGAUCAUACUGAGAUAACAAUGACUAAUGUCAUCUCUCUCUGACGAGCAUUAGCUUUUAAUGCAUUCAUUCACUGUAUUGCUUAAUUGUCGGUUUCAUCUUUAUCGCCCAUUCUUCUUUGGCUUGUCUCUCUCUUUACCUCCCCUUCAAAUUAACCUUUUUAUUUUACUAUUUCACUUCUUUUUUCGGGUUU